GGCUGGCCAAUGGGCGGACGCGGCGGAGGGAAAAGCCAGAGGGCGAAGGGCCGGCCAGACGCAGGGACGCGGCGCGUCAUCAAAUGCUGAUGUUUGGAAACAUUUCGAGGCAGCUCUGCAGCUUAAAGAAAAGCCCACGGUCAUGUGACUCCAGAUACUUCUGGGAAUGGUUGAAUACAGUGUUUAACAAAGUAGACUAUGAACGCAUCAGGGAUGUUGGCCCUGACAGGGCAGCAUCUGAGUGGCUCCUUCGGUGUGGGGCCAAAGUACGCUACCGUGGCCACCAGAAGUGGCUACAGGAUUACAACCACAUCCCAGGAAGCUCUGAGGGCAGAUACAAGAUUCAAGCAAUUGAUGCCACCGAUUCUUGUAUCAUGGAUAUUGGACUGGAUCACAUGGAGGGCCUAGAGCAUGUUGAAAAAAUCAUACUAUGCAAGUGUCAUUAUGUUGAAGAUAGCUGUUUGCAGAGGCUUAGUCAACUUGAAAAAUUACGGAAAAGCCUGUUGGAAAUGGAGAUCAUCGCCUGUGGGAAUGUCACAGACAACGGCAUCAUUGCUUUACGACAUUUUAGGAACCUCAGGUAUUUGUACUUAAGUGAUCUUCCUGGAGUCAAAGAUAAAGAAAAUCUUGUCCAAGUCUUUCAAACAGCACUACCUUCUCUAGAACUAAAAUUAAAUCUGAAGUAAAAUACGUGUCUGAUUUCAGUACAAAGGGUCACUUGAAAUUGCUCAUACUAAAUAGCUACACAUACUACAUAAUCACCAAUAGAACUAAGGAGGUGUUUUAAUAAUGGAGAAGUAGAGAAUAAUAUUUAAAAGUGGCUCACUAAAGUUACUUAGUUGGAAGUGAGAAAUUAUGUACAUUGAAUCACUUUUAAAAAUAUGACAUAACAUUUUAAUUCUAAUGUCUUCCUCAUUGGCAUGUAUACUGUAUGUAUUGCUUGGUGUAGAUAUUGACAUAGAGAUCUUUAAAGUGCAUCGCAAAUAUUCUUUUUUGUAUUACAAUAAUUUAUAUCUUUAAAGGCCCUGAGGCAUGUUGCUGUAAGUACCCAAUUAUGUCCAGGCGGUGGUGGCACACGCCUUUAAUCCCAGUACUCGGGAGGCGGAGGCAGGCGGAUCUCUGUGAGUUCGAGGCCAGCCUGGGCUACCAAGUGAGUUCCAGGAAAGGCGCAAAGCUACACAGAGAAACCCCGUCUCAAAAAACCAAAAAAAAAACGAUUAUGAAGAACUGAAAGCUCAGUUACAGAUUCAGUGAUGGAGUUGGCUGUGCACAGUUGUGGGUGGUGUUGAGAACAGCACGCUGUAUUACUUCCCGGGAUUUGCACACGUUGCUCAAACUCCUGCAUUUCUGUGUUCCUAAUAGGACAUACUUUUUAAAAAUACCCUUUCUCAGAAUGAAGAGUGCUGGUUAAUUCAUCCUACUUCUAAGCUUGGGCGACUGCUGGAUAGAACUGAACACAGGUUCUCGUCUGUACCCAACUAGUUUUGCUGGUAAAACAAAGCAGGAACCAGGCUGUCCUUACUCCCUAUCUACUUCAAACUGAGUGUUAGUGUGCUGAUUAAAAAGCUAAAUGUUGCUGUCCCUCAAAUAUUUUGAAUGUUACCUCCUAUGAACUCAAGGGACAUAAAAAUAUAAACAUGAAAAUGAAUUUUAUAUCUAGAAAACACUAAUAAAGAAUGUCAUAAGGGGAUAAAAACUAGUCUUUAAUUUUUUACCUGAAAUAGCUGUAAUUCCAUCAUUGUUUGUUCUAUGCUGAUUCAUAUGUAGGUCUCUGUAUACAUGGUUGGUUAUCAGGUUGCUGAAUAUGAAUUUGACUAGGAAUGACCUUCUGCAGUGCAGCUCUCAGGCGGAAAAGGGAACUCCAGCUGUUUUUAGAACUCUGCUUAUUAAAAAAAAAAAAAAAAAAAAAAAAAAAAAAAAAAAAAAAAAAAACACCCUAAUUCAUGGAAAAAUGCAAAAUGCAUAUAUCACUGUCAUUUGCAAGUCAGAAAAUAGUAAAUAAAAACAAAGACAAGGUAGAAGACA